AUGCCGCAGAGGCGAAAACGACGUCGUUUUUCCACUCCGCCGCCCGUCGUAGCCACCGAGGAAUUCGCGUCGCAUCAACAAGCUCAACUCGAAACUCCACAACGCUCCGCCGUACUUUCUACGCUGUAUUUCUGUGAGGUUAAAGGCAUUGCCUGUAACCUAGCAGAAAUCAGAGAGGUUUUUAAUAUACCUGAGAGCACUGCCAGCAAUAUUAUCAAGUCAAAGCGCGCCCAACGAUUACAGAACGCCGACGAACCUAACACGCGCGGAGCUCUCCGAGAACUUACAAAUUCGGACGCCAACGCUAUCGCCACCUAUAUUAACGAAGCUCCUUUUAAGGAGAAAGCUAGCGUCAAUCCACCUCCUAGCAAGAAGGAGUGGUCAAGAAGGAUCGUACAAAAACGCGUCACCGAAGUUUCCGGCAUCAAAACCCACAGGGCAGCUGUAAAAGAGGACCACCCAGAGCCCACCCAGAAGGAGCGCUGUAUGCCCUACGACGCUGGAAACUCCAACGGCAAGAUAAACGCCGUAACUUUCCUCAAGAUCCUACCUCACCUACGCGACGCUACAUUGGGCAGAGAGGUGGCUAUAUAUAUGGACUGCGACUCUGCGCAUAAGUUAAAAAAGGUCCUUGAGUGGAUGGACGCGAACGGCAUGGAUUAUAUUAUUGGGGCGCCUUCAAGCCCUGAUCUAUUGGUGAUGGAGACUUGGGUAAAACCUCUCCGCGAUCGCUUCAAAGCUCGGAGAAGUCAAACAAUCUAG